GGGGCAAAACCCACCUCCUGCUGCUGCCUAAGAAAACAUUCAUGCAUGAAUGUGCUUUGGUGGCGCAGUAGUCUGAUCAAAAAUGGACAAAAAGCUGCAGUCCUGAACUGUGUGUGCUGUUAGUGAUUUCUAAACAGAGCUCAGUUCAUCUGCUUAAACUCAAAGGAGUUUCAUUGAUCACUGUGUAAUUUUUUUAACAUUUGAGACCAAAAACUCGUUGUAUUAGGUGAACAGAAAAUGAAGAGGAAGGUACCUUUUUUUCCAUUUUAUGCAAAAAGAACCUGGUGUGGAAGAAAAUAACUGCAUUUAUUUCUAAUCUGAUCAGGACGGAAACUUCAAGCUUCACAGGACAGGCUAAUCUGUGAGAAGGAACCUGUGAGGCGCUCUCUGCACUGAUGUCACAGGCACAGCAAGAACAUCAUGAGGAGGAGUCAGAUUUCACAAAGUACUGUAUGAGCAGUGCUCUAUGCUAACAGAGUAGACACUAAUCACACAAGGAUUCUGCAUGGGAUGUAAGCAGUAUGCUGAGUCUGAAGUGUCAAAAGGAUGAUGCAGAUUUAAACUCUGGUGUCUCAUGUGGCAGGUUGCAUUUGAGAUAGUGGAAGAUUAAAAAACAAUCUGUGGGAUUUGAAAAGUAUGAUUUAAUGAAGGCCAUCAUGUAUAUUGGCGGCACAUGCCAAAGCAAUGCACUUCCCGCCUUAAUGCGGCCGCCAGUCCCAGCUAUGCAGCCGGCCUUGGAUGUUAAACCAUUUCUUCCAUUCCCUCUGGACUCUGCUGCCGCGGUCAGCUUAUUCCCAAAUUUUAAUGCGAUGGACCCAGUUCAGAAAGCAGUGAUAAAUCACACGUUUGGGGUUCCUCUUCCUCCAAGAAGAAAACAAGUAAUUUCAUGCAACAUCUGCCAACUAAGAUUUAAUUCUGAUAGCCAAGCCGGGGCACACUACAAAGGCACUAAACAUGCCAAGAAGCUCAAAGCACUGGAGGCCAUGAAAAAUAAGCAGAAAACUGUUACUACCAAGGACAGCGUAAAGACCACCUUCACUUCCAUCACAACCACCACCAUCACUGCCAGCUCUGACAAAGCAGACACCACUCAAGGGACAGCAACAAUAUCAAAAGUGACAACACUGGCAGCAAGUGAUAGUGUAACAACAGAAUCCAUUUCCAGGUCAGAAAAAUCCUUCACAUCGAGCAGCUACAACACAGCCCUUUCCAAGGAAACAGAAGAAGAAAAAGCAAAACGGUUACUUUAUUGCUCCCUCUGCAAAGUGGCUGUCAACUCUGCCUCACAAUUGGAAGCACACAACAGUGGAUCGAAGCACAAAACAAUGCUGGAAGCCCGAAAUGGCGGGGGUCCAAUUAAGGCAUUCCCCAGACCAGGCGUCAAAGGGAAAACUUCCACCAACAAAGGCGUCACUACCGGCCUGCAGAAUAAAACGUUUCACUGUGAAAUCUGUGACGUGCAUGUCAAUUCAGAAACACAACUCAAACAGCACAUAAGCAGCAGAAGACACAAGGAUAGAGCUGCAGGGAAGCCUCCAAAACCCAAAUACAGUCCGUACAACAAGCUUCAAAGGGGUACCAAUGCACUUGCGGUGAAACUGGCCUUUCAGAAAGAACUCUCUAAGCCUCUGGCUGCUCGCCUUUUACCAAACCCAUUUGCUGCAGCAGCAGCUGCUGCAGCUGCAGUGAAUUCACCGUUUGCUUUGCGCUCCAGCCCGGCAGCCACUCUAUUCCAAACAGCAGCCCUUCCUCCAGCUCUCCUUCGACCAGCUCCUGGACCUAUACGGGCAGCGCACACUCCGGUUCUAUUUGCUCCUUACUGACCUGCCUGUGCACAGGAGAGAACAUUAGGAAAGUAAUAAUAAAAUACUGCAAUAAUUCAAACAGAGAACUAUGCAGUGAUAAUCAUGGAAUUAAAUAAUAUGGAAAGAAACUUGCUUUUGCAGUAACCCACGUGGACUUUGAAUAGCUGCAUUUUUAUUCAGCAAAAAGAAGUAAAGCAAUCCUUCCAUAGGAAAAUCUAUUACACGGAUAUUAUGAGUAGUUUUUUUGUGCUGUAGAAAUGUAUAGAGUCUGCAAACUACCCAUAACAAUCAGCCUUUUUACACAGUAUUUUCAUGUAAUGUUUCCAUGUCUUGUGAAUAGUCUGUAAAUGUGUGUCAGGGCAUUAAACUCAAGUCCUUUAUGUACAUUUAAUUUCUCUCUGUAGGAUAAAACAAAAGAAAAUGGGGCACUGUGACAAUUGUCUUCAUUAACUGUCAGCACAGUUCAGCAAGCUUGCUGCUUUCUAUUUACCCAACUAUAAACUUUUAAAUGGUGUCUUGUGAAUUUGUAGCUUUGUGCUGUAUAUCUCGGAUGUAAUAGUAUGUCUAAUAUGAUUUACAAAUGUCAGAAGGAAUGGAAUAGCAGACAAAUCAGUUUAAUUUUUAAGCAUCCUAGUAUAUCAUGUUCGGGAAGGUGUGUGACUGUCUUCAAGGAGUUCAUUAUGUAUUUAUUUUCAACUGCAGACAAAGCAGGGUAUUAAAAUGUAUAGGCAAUAUAAAUGCCACACACCUUCUUGUACAUUGUUUUAUAAAGGAUGAUCAUUAUUGUAGUUUUCCCUUCAUUGGUGACGAAAUUCCAAUUGUGCUUAAUUCUGUGUGUCAGAGCUGAAAUAGUUUGAAUUAAUGAAUUGGAUUUUGUGGUACUGA